GAAUGAUGCAGUUGUGAUCUCGGGCAGGAAGCUGGCCCGGCAGAUCCGGCAGGAAGCCCGUCACGAGGUCGAGCAGUGGGUAGCAGCCGGAAACAAGAGACCUCACCUCAGCGUCGUCCUCGUGGGUGAGAAUCCAGCCAGUCACUCCUACGUGCUGAACAAAACCAAAGCGGCUGCUGACGUUGGUAUCAGCAGUGAAACCAUCCUCAGGCCAGCUUCCAUUACUGAAGAGGAGCUCCUGGAUUUGAUCAGCAAACUCAAUAACGAUGCCAAUGUGGAUGGUCUGUUAGUGCAGCUUCCUUUACCUGAGCAUAUUGAUGAACGCAAGAUUUGCAACGCUGUGAGUCCAGACAAAGAUGUUGAUGGCUUCCACGUGAUAAACGUGGGGCGCAUGUGCCUUGACCAGUACUCCAUGCUGCCAGCUACCCCCUGGGGGGUGUGGGAGAUCAUUAAGAGAACUGGCAUCCCAACGCUGGGGAAGAACGUGGUGGUGGCUGGCAGGUCGAAGAAUGUGGGCAUGCCCAUUGCCAUGUUGCUGCAUACAGAUGGCAGGCACGAGCGCCCAGGAGGUGAUGCCACAGUCACGAUAUCCCACCGCUACACUCCCAAGGAGCAGCUGAAGCAGCACACGAUCCGUGCUGAUAUUGUGGUAGCAGCAGCAGGCAUUCCCAACCUGAUCACAGCUGAUAUGAUCAAAGAAGGAGCUGCAGUUAUUGAUGUGGGAAUAACGAGAGUGCAGGACCCCAUCACUGCCAAACCCAGGCUGGUUGGGGACGUGGAUUUUGAAGGGGUGAAGAAGAAAGCCAGCUACAUCACCCCAGUCCCAGGGGGAGUUGGGCCCAUGACUGUUGCCAUGCUGAUGAAGAACACCAUCAUCGCUGCCAAGAAGCUGUUGAAACCCAAAGAGCUGGAAGCAUUAACAGUGUAACAGGGGACUCUCCUUAGCCCUGAGUGUGACAUUCCAAACUGACUCCCAAGCAGGCCGAGAGAAAAUGCAAUAUAUUUAUUGUAUUGUAAGUGGAAUUUCCUAUUCUGGGGUCAUAGAUGCUUAUUGGAAGCUGAAGCACAUGCACGUUAGUUGUAUGAAGGUGUGAAUAUCUACACUCCUGGCCUACUCGUGCUAGCAAAGCUGCUUUACAGUUAAGUGAGCUCUUCUAGGAGCUG